AUUUCGCUGCUAAACAUACUUGGUAACCCUGCUUUAACAGCUGAUUUCUGUUUGUUCGGCCAAGAUGGAUAAAAAGUUGCAGGGAUUUCAACUGGUGGCCCAGGAAAAGCUUUGCUCUAUUCUGGGCUCCAUACCCGGAAAAAAAGAAUUAAUAUUGGAGCCAGCUUUAAUAAAGCCACUGGAACAUGUUUUCACUGCCUCCUGGUUAAAACUAAAGGGCAUUCAAAGGAUAUACAAACAUGAUGCGGCACAGUCCUUACCGCGAUCUUCAGAUCAGGUACACAUCUACAUGAUCCGCAGUGUUUUGGGUACAUUUCAAACGCUACUCAAGCAACUUGAAUCCGUGGCCUUGGAGGAAAUGGCGGACUUAUCCUUGAAAAUGUAUCACAUAAUUUGUGUGCCCUGUUGCUAUUCCUAUUUUCAAACUCUCCUCGAACAAUCCGGACUUUGGGGACUGGUGCAACUGCAUCACUUUAACUGGGAUUUCAUCUAUUUGGAUCAAGGAGUUCUAAGCCUGGAGCUGCCUAAUCUGUUCGAGUGUCUCUACCUCCAGGGAAACACAUCUCCUUUGCCGUCGGUGGCGCAAAGUCUGCGAUUGCUGCAGAUGAUUUGCGGCCAACCCGCUUUAAUCAUGACCUUUGGCCACCACUCGGCGCAGCUAAUUCAAAUUCUAAGAGCACUGGGCAAGCUCCCGGAAGCCACGAAUCCUCCAGAAUACGGCGGUUGGCUGAUCAUCGAUCGGGACAAGGAUUACCCGGCCACUUUGCUAACUCCCGCCAUUUAUGCGGGUCUACUUUUGGAGGUCUUCGACCAGCGUUCCGGCGAGAUUGUGGUGGAUAAUCUCAAGAACAAGAUCAGCAGCCAGCGGGUGGAGUUGUUGCAGGGAAAAAAACCAAAAGUUGGCCCAAAUCCAUCCAGUAAACCCUGCUCCAUUCGACUUAACUCCACCGCGGACGAGAUUUACGGGGAUAAUCGCUACAAGCGUUUUGCCCAGGUCAGCAGUUUGAUUCAUGCACAAGUCAAAGCCUUGGGUUUGGAGUUACAGAAACUAAAUGACAUGCAAUUGGAGGAGAUGCACGACUAUGUGGCCAGGAAGUUGCCCAAACUCACGGAGCUUAAGACCAAAGUCCUAAGACACCUGAAUGCCAGCGAGAUAGUGAUCCAGAUGAUGGUUAAUUUUAGAAGAUUACAAACCCUCGAAGAGGACAUCUUGAACAAUGUUUCAAGGAAACGAUUGCUGGCCGAGAUUGAUGAGCUGAUGACUACGGAUGGCCAGAGAUUCAAUACCCUACGAUUGAUGUGCCUUUUGCAUCAUUGUGCCGGUGUGACUCCCGAGGAGCUGCAGAUCUUUGCGAGAAACUUUUGCAAUCUGUUUGGCCACCAGAACUUGAUUGUUUUCCAGCAGUUGUCGCAGGCGGCACUGCUACCACCGCUUGUGGCCGAGAAAAAGGUGCCAGCAACCAAGUUGCUUUCCCAGCUACCGCUGCCCAAGUUCCAGCAAACCGAAUUUCAGGCCAACGCCAAUCGGCUAAAGCUUCUUACAUCCUGCGGAGAUGGUCAGGAUGGUGCUAAUUCGUCCACAAAAAACCAAGCUGGUGGCAUGCAAUCCUGUCCGAGUUAUGUCUUUAAUGGUACCUACAUACCUUUGGUGGCACAACUGUGUUCGAUUCUGUUGAAAACCAAUAAUGCCGAGGAGUUAUCCUCGAAGCUGACCAUGAUUGAGGGUUUGCAUCUGCAUAUGGACGGUGGAAAAAUCACGCCCAAGGCCUAUGCUAACCAAGUUAAGGUAAAUGGAACCGCCGAUCAGGAUGUCUUUCCAUUGCGCCUGAGGAAUCUCUUUGUUUUUGUUGUUGGCGGUGCCAGCUAUGCGGAAAUUGCCGCCUGCGAUUUUGUGGCCAAGCUCACGGGCGCCCAAAUAACAGUGGCAUCUGACUCUCUAAUGGCGGGCAGCGAUCUGAUCGCCACCGCCUUUACUCACUGACCAUGACUCAACUAAGAAUCUGUGCGCAAAAUGCUUUAUAUAUUUUUAUAUAAAACAAAGAUGUAAGAGCUUGUGAUUAAUAAAUUUUAAAAUUUUAUGACAAAAAACAAUAUUUUUAUG